CGAUAGGUUUUCCGCCGUAGUGUACAUGCCGUCUGUGAAGACAGGAGGAGAUCACGAGCUUUCACGGCGGAAGCGUAAAAGUACCCUUUUGACCUCGCUUCAUGCUGCAAACCUUUGCUGCUUCGGUUCUGCCUUCUUCCUCGUUGUCAUCAGUCCAACAUGGUGCCAUCUCAAUUAUUUGGCCAACGCUUUCGUGCCAUUGGUGUACAGCGGGAAAUGUCAGCUCCACAACUUCAGAGCCGCUUCGUCGGCAGGCACUAUGGGGCCCCAGCUUUGUGCACGACCCCGUCGUGCAGCACAGCGUGUGGGGGCGAUAGCGAUGCGCGUGAAAUUCGACGUAAAAAAGGAUUACUAUGCCCGCCUUGACAUCGACAAAUCGGCCUCACUCAACGAUAUUAAGCGUGCAUACCGACGGCUGGCCCUGCAGACACACCCCGACGUGAACAAGGCCCCCGACGCCGCCGAGACCUUCAAGCAGGUUUGUGAGGCCUACAAGGUGCUCUCGGACGCCGAGGCCCGCAAGGGAUACGACCUGGCCAGGGGUAUGCAAGGGUCAGGGUUUGGCAGUGGGGGCAGGCGGUGGACUAACGUGGGUGGGCGGGGCACGGCCUCCUCCUCUUCCUCCUC